AGAUGUUCCUUCCCAUCGCCUUACACAACUAAAGAACAAGUUACGUAACAAUCUGAUUAUGUAAAGCUGAUAACAGCAAUGUUUCGUAAUUCUUAGCUAUAUAAGUAAGAUAAAGCAGACCACUUCACUCUAGCUACGUCCUAAACCUCGUCAGCAGACACAUCAGACGACAAGAUGAUUCCCCUCGUCCUAACAACCAUAGCCUGUAUAACUCUGGCUGAAGCACAGAUUAUCACAUGGUUCGGCGGACCGUGUCCAGACGUCACAACAAAGGAAAACUUCCAACUACUACCGUACAUGGGCCGUUGGUACGAAAUCUCCAAAUAUCCCAACAGUUUUCAGAACGGGGAAUGUGGCACUGCCCAGUACACACUACAGGACGACAAUACCGUCAGGGUCAACAAUACACAGUUAAAGGAGGGUGGCGUUAUCGAUACAGUUAUUGGUGAGGUCCGAGACGACCCCAACUCCGACGUACCCGCUCAUUUACAAGUCAGGUUCUCCUCAUGGCAACCCUGGGGUAAGUACUGGGUGUUGGACACAGACUACGACAGUUACACCGUAGUGUACUCCUGCUCCUACUACGUCAUCAACAAGGUAGAGUUCCUGUGGAUUCUCGGACGCGAACGCACAGUUGAAGAAGAGACCAAGGAUAAAAUCCUGCAAAUGUUAGAUAAUUUUAAGAUUGACGCUACGAAGAUGGUUGAUACGGUGCAAGACGAAGACAAAUGUGAUCUGUAAUCACGUCAAUUGCCGUACGUCAUAAAUAGUUCGUAAUACGUUUAUAAUAUGUUAUGUAUUAACAGCAACGGUUUACUAAACCGUACGACACCGAUAAAACGUUGCCACAGGUGAAAUGUUCUGAUCAAGGGAAAAAUAAAAGUAAUCAAUUUCAAA